AUGAGCUGGUCCGAUUCUAAGAUUUUCCUGAGGUCUGCUGGCAGGCGCUUCGUGGUGGCUGGCGGCAAGGCUUCCAACUCGGCCCUGAAAUCGCUCAAGCCGACAAGGCCCUUGCCAGACUUGUCGAGCUCCUGGAAGAGGGCUGUCACUAAAGGCUCGAGGAUCCUCAGCCUCUUGCGUUUCAUGGCCAGCUCAAGCUCUCGAUCGAAGUCGCCCUGCACGAUGGCCGUGUCCACGAUGAGCGCAGUGAUCCGCAACGCCCCACGGGGCAGCGGCGCGCGAGACCUUCUCCAUCCCCAGCCGCUCACCCAGGGGCCCCUGUGGUCGCGAAAGCUGUCUGUCCAUAUUGGGGGAACACGACGACGCCGCACGAAUGAUCACGACCGGAUAUCCUAA